AUGUCCAUUUUUCUUUCAAACGUUCUUCAUUUCUUUCUUUCUAUUUUAUAUUUUCAAAUGUCUAUUUUUUCUUUCUUUCUUUCUUUCUUUCUUUCCAUUGUUUUUUAUUUUCAUAUGUCCAUUUUUAUCGCUCAUCUUUUUCUUUCUUUCUUUCUUUCUUUCUUUCUUUCUUUCUUUCUUUCUUUCUCAUCUAUUAUCUUUCUUAUUAAUUUUCUUUCUUUCUUUCUUUUUUUCGUUCUUUUUUUACAUUUCAUUAGUUUGUUUUUUCUCUCACUCUUUCAUUCUUUCCUUUUGUCUUUCUUUCUGUUAAUUUUUUAUUUUCAUGUAUCUGUUUUUUCUUUUAUCUUCAGCUACCAUCUUCUUUUUGUCUUUCUUUUUGCCUCUUUUAUUCAUUUCAUGAGUCCGUUUCUUUCUUUCUUUCUUUCUUUCUUUCUUUCUUUCUUUCUCAUCUAUUCGCACUUUCUUUCUUUCUUUCUUUCUUUCUUUCUUUCUUUCUUUCUUUCUUGUCUUGUCUUGUUCAUUGCAAACUACCGUUGGAUGUUUUUUUGUUUUUUUUAUUUGUUUUUUUGUUUUUUUGUUUCUUUUACGUUUCAUUUUCUUCGUUUCCUUCUUUAUUUUCUCUUUAUCUAUCUUGAAACUUUAUUCUUUCUUUCUUUUUAUUUAUUGCAAACUCCUCUUGGCUUAGUUUUUCUCUCUCUCUCUAGGUACACUCUCUCUCUAGGUAGUUUCUUUCUCUCACUCUCUCUCUCUCUAGGCACUUUCUUUCUCUCUCUAGGCAGUUUCACUCUCUCGCUCACUAGGCACUCUCUCUCUCUAGGACCUAAAGAGAGAGAAAAACUACCUAGAGUAGUUUCUCUCUCUUUCUCACUAGGCACUUUAGGUAUUUCCCUCUCUUUCUCUAAGCACUCUCUCUCUCUCUCUAGUUUCUCUCUCUUUCUCUCUAGGCACUCUCUCUCUCUAGGCACUCUCUCUCUCUCUCUAGUUUCUCUCUUUCUCUCUAGGCACUCUCUCUCUCUAGGCACACUCUCUCUCUCUAAGUGGUUUCUCUCUUUCUCUCUAGGCUCUCUCUCUCUCUCUAGGCCUCUCUCUCUCUCUCUAGUUUCUCUUUCUCUCUGGGCACUCUCUCUCUCUCUAGAUUCUCUCUCUCUCUCUAGGCACUCUCUCUCUCUAGUUUCUCUCUUUCUCUCUAGGCACUCUCUCUCUCUAGUUUCUCUCUUUCUCUCUAGGCACUCUCUCUCUCCAGAUUCUCUCUUUCUCUCUAGGCACACUCUCUCUCUAGGCUCUCUCUCUCUCUCUAGUAGUUUCUCUCUCUCUCUAGGCACUCUCUCUCUCUCUAGAUUCUCUCUUCUCUCUCUCUCUCUCUCUCUCUCUCUCUCUAGGCACUCUCUCUCUCAGGUAGUUUCUCUCUUUCUCUCUAGGCAUUCUCUCUCUCUCUCUAGGCAUUGUUCUCUCUCUCUCUCUCUAGGCACUCUCUCUCUCUCUCUAGGUCCAUUCUCUCUUUCUCUCUCGGCACUCAUCUCUCUCUCUAGGCACUCUCUCUCUCUAGGUAGUUUCACUCUCUUUCUCUUUAAAUACUCUCUCUCUAGGCAGUAUCACUCUCUUUCUCUCUUGGAACUCUCUCUCUCGGUAGUUUCUCUCUCUUUCUCUCUAGUAGUUUCUUUCUUUCUCUCUAAGCACUUUCUCUCUCUCUCUCUAGGCAGUUUCACUCUCUUUCUCUCUUGGAACUCUCUCUCUCUCUCUCUCUUGGUAGUUUCUUUCUCUUUCUCUCUAGCUCUCUCUCUCUCUCUAGGCAGUUUCACUCACUUUCUCUCUUGGAACUCUCUCUUUCUAGGUAGUUUCUCUCUCUCUUUCUCUCUAGGCACUCUCUCUCUAUGUAGUGUUUCUCUCUAUCUCUCUCUAGGCACUCUCUCUGUAGAUAGUUUCUCUCUCUUUCUCUCUAGGCACUCCUUCUGUCUUUAUAUGCAUCUCAAAGACGAUCGCAUUAGAUAUUUCAAAGGCUUUUGA